GGCUAGCCGCUUCUCCACUUCUUUUCUGUCGAACGAGAUGCGACUGAAGAUCGACAACGCAGCACACAUCGCAAGGUUUGCCAGGUCGUGUCAGCCUCCUGUCGUCCUGCCUGGACGUCGUUUGUGUGUCUGAAACCUGCUCGACGUCACCUGUCGUCCAAGUGCAGUUGCGCCCGUCUUCAGCUGGCCAAGCAAGCCAGAGACUCUUCCAAGCCGCGCAGCCUCCUUCUGACGCUGUAUUUCGCUUGAGUGCCAACCUUCACCAGGCACAAGGCUCGUGCGCAUACUCGCAACCCGCUGUCGCCUGAGCGUUGCCAAGAUGCGGAGUCUCAUCACGGAGAUUCUGGCAACGGAACCUAUCCUGGACCCUGAAGAAGAAGCCUUCGUCGUCUUCUCGCAAGAUAUCCCUUCUCAGUCACUCGGUUUCAUCGAUUCGCAGGACCCAACCCUAGAGAUUACGGUGGCGGGCCAUGAUCUGGUCAUUCAUCACUCAAAGGGUCUCUUGACCUCAAAUCGUAGCGAGGGGACUACUGGUGCUAUGGUAUGGAAAGUCACACCCUUAUUCGCAACAUGGAUCUCUUCCCCUACAAACUUCCUCUUCACAAAUCAGUUGAUCACGCCCAGCUCCACCAUACUCGAGCUCGGCGCAGGUGUAUCAGGCAUCGUGGCGCUCUGCCUGGGUUCCCGAGUAGCAAGCUAUACGGCCACCGAUCAAGACUACGUGCUUAAACUGCUUCGGCAGAACAUCGCCGAAAACCUCGGUACUGUGAUACCAGUGAAGAAAAACAGUGGGAGGGGGAGUAAGAAACAUCAGGGUCACUCAAAGAGUGGUGGUGGUGGUGGUGGUGGCGGCGGUAUCGACCGCAUCACAACAUUGGAGCUUGACUGGGAGACAGACGCCACUUUUCAUCUCAACCCUGUGGAUAUGAUCGUAGCGUGUGACUGUGUCUACAACGAAGCCCUCGUUGAGCCGCUCAAUGCAACGUGUGCUGCACUAUGUAGGCUGAAAGAGGGAAGUGGGAGCCCCACGCUAUGUCUGAUAGCGCAGCAGCUACGUAGUCCAGAAGUCUUUGAAACUUGGUUGAAAAGCUUUCAUCGAAGUUUUCAUGUCUGGCAGGUGCCUGAUAGCAUGCUAGGUGAGGGGUUGAAGGAGGGGAGUGGGUUCGUGGUGCACGUUGGCAUUGUGAGGUGACCUGGGCGGCCUCGGGUAGAAGUGACGAUGAACAGUCUCUUUAUAAACAUAAACUACCAGAACACUAUAACGCCGACAUGCCUUUUAAGCAUGAAAACCCGCUUUUUGUAAAACC